CUUGAGCAGAACAGUUGAUUUAAGAACAGCCGACUCAGAAAACAACAAUGACAUCGAAAUUAGCAGUAAAUUUCCGAACUCUGAUAGCACAGUGCGAAGAAAUGGUGGCGGUCGAUAAGCAGGACUGGCGCUUGAAAAAAUAUAUUCGCUCCCUGAAUACCAUGCUGAAAGAGUUGGAGGAAGAUUGUGAGCAUAACGAAUCCACUACGAUAGACGAGUAUAAAGCGCGCUUUGUUGCGUUAAAGGAAUCCGCAAACUACGUCCACUCAGCCGAUGAAAACAAACUUAAAUUGCAAUCGAAGCACCGAGGGAACGAUACCGCCGGCGAUGAUGUGCUGCGCGAGGUACGACAGAUCAAUAACGAAAAGUAUCAAAAAGACCAACGCAGCGAACUGUUUAAUGGCAACUUUUCGACGAUACGAAGGCGAGCUGGACAGAAAGUGGCCGAAAAUCUGGAGCAGACGGUAAAACAAUACUCAAACGAGCAGGAGCGGCUGGCGGAAGAUAUGCUACGGCUAACAAGAAAUCUAAAAGAGCAAACGGAGACUGCAAACAAAAUCAUCAAAAAUGACACAGAGGUUCUAAUGAAAUCGAGCAAUUUGACGGACAAAAACACUUCGGCGCUGAAGAAGGAAUCCGGAAAGUUGCAAGAAAGCUCGAAAAAGGCAUGCAAAUGUUGGCUGUGGAUGAUGAUUGCAUUUGUUAUGAUGGUGUUUAUUUUUAUGGUAAUGUUCAUGAAAAUUAUGAAAAAGAAGGCGUAUUAAGGUGGCUAAAGACUUGGAGACAUAUUUGCUUCCUGCUGCCGAAGAUAAGAUUGCGAGACUUGCUGCUGGUCGUCGUACCCGAUACUGGUGCAUUAUCUGAUGGCGAUACGCGUAAUAAGCUGAUGACAAAGUGUGUGUUUAUUUUCGGGUUCUUUCGUUGAUUAUUUAAUUAUUCUUUCGUUAAAAACAAAACUAAUUUUACCUAUGAGUUUCUUUGAAAAUGCCGAAAAGUAAUUCCAUUCCACACCACCGAGGAGGCUUUCACUUGUACACGGACAACUUUAUU